AUCCAGGUGUAUAAAAGGUCCUUGGCAGGUGGUUUCAUCCAGACUCCAGAAACCUACUGCUUUUCUUCCUCUGAACACUCCACUCCUGACACCAUGUGUUACUAUGGCAGCUACUGCGGAGGCCUGGGCUAUGGCUAUGGUGGCCUAGGCUGUGGCUAUGGCUGUGGCUAUGGCUGUGGCUAUGGCUGUGGCUAUGGUGGCUAUGGAUAUGGCUGUUUCCGCCCACUGUGCUGUGGAAGAUACUGGUCUUAUGGCUUCUACUGAGGACCUUAUGUAGAGACCCAGCCUUUCUAACCAGAAGGGCUUCCAAGUGAUUUUACACCAGGAACUCAACAAUGUCUUCAAAUUUUCUAACUUCAGCACAAAACAUCAUGUUUUAUGUUAUCUUUAUCAUACUAUGUAAAUGAUAUCAAGUUUGA